UAUCGUUGUAAAUCCGCGAUCGAAUCGUACUUUAUUGCGAUUUUGAGGCUCUGCACCGGCUCGGAGCUUCGAGUUUCCUAUGAGACGCUGUUACAAGCGCCUGUUCUUUCGUUCAAAGCUAAGUCAACGAGUUUCUGCCGCACGUUUGCUCGCUGCAAAGCAUUAACCAAAGAUGAGUACCGAAGCAGAAAUGCCAACCUUCAAGUGCGUGCUUGUCGGCGACGGCGGCACUGGCAAGACCACCUUCGUCAAGCGCCACUUGACCGGCGAAUUUGAAAAGAAGUACGUCGCCACCCUGGGCGUUGAGGUGCACCCACUGGUUUUCCACACCAACCGUGGUCCUAUUCGAUUCAACGUUUGGGACACUGCUGGCCAGGAGAAGUUUGGAGGGUUGCGAGAUGGAUACUAUAUUCAGGGGCAAUGUGCUAUAAUUAUGUUCGAUGUCACAUCUCGUGUUACAUACAAAAAUGUCCCCAACUGGCACAGAGAUUUGGUCAGGGUGUGCGAAAACAUUCCCAUUGUGCUCUGCGGCAACAAGGUAGACAUCAAGGACAGAAAAGUCAAGGCCAAGAGCAUCGUCUUCCACAGAAAGAAGAACCUGCAGUACUAUGACAUCAGCGCCAAGAGUAACUACAACUUCGAGAAGCCUUUCCUGUGGUUGGCCCGCAAGCUGAUUGGUGAUCCCAACCUUGAGUUUGUGGCCAUGCCCGCACUGCUGCCUCCUGAGGUGGUCAUGGACCCCACAUGGCAACAGCAAAUCGAAAAGGAUCUCAAAGAAGCUCAGGAAACUGCUCUGCCUGAGGAUGACGAAGACUUGUAGAAGUUUUACAGCUGCACGGAUUUUUUUGAUAUAUGGCAAAAAAACUAAGCUGAUUGCAUGUGAAUUGACGCGAAUUUCGUCAUUGCAAUGAAAAAAAAUAUCCAAGUCUAUGAAAGUGUAAAUGGAUUCAGCAGUUCCCAGGUUUUAUUUAUCCAGUGUAACUGAAAAUUCAACGGUUGCUUGAUAUUUAUUUUCCUAAUAUUCGUUGUCCCACGCUUGAAGAUUUUAAAGUUCUUUGGACAGUUACAAAAUUGUGUUAGGGAAAUAAAUAAUAUUUUUCACGAA